AUGAUGCGCCGGCUCAAGGGCGCGGACUACCGGCAUCCUCCGCGAAAGGCGAUGGACAAGGCAUCCGAUGGCUCGGCGACGAGCCGCCUUCAGGUUGAGCCGCAGAAGCACGCGCUUAAGGUCCCCAGCAGCAUCAGCACCAAGGAAGAGACAGCAUUGUACCGCGAGUGA